AUGCUUGCCGAAUCUGUGGGGUAUUUAUCUAUACAGAGGGUCCUUGGGGCCCUAGUAGGGCUACUGGCAGUCGCGACCUUUGCCUUUGGCUUCUAUAACCGAUUCUUCCAUCCCCUGCGCCGUAUAAACGGCCCCAUCCUCGCCUCCAUCACACCGUGGGUCCAACUUUACCAUGGCCUUAAAGGCGACCGCCAUCUAUGGCUGCACGAGCUGCACAGCAAGUAUGGAACUCACGUUCGGGUCGCACCGAACUUCGUCUCUGUCAACUCAGAUCGCGGACUCCACGAUAUAUACGGGCACGGCAAGCGUCUCCAGAAAGCCACUUUCUAUAAUGCGUUCCCGGCCAUCAAGGGCGUGUAUAACACCCACAACGCGAUUGAUAAGACCAUGCACGGGCGCAAGAGAAGAGUGCUCAGCCAGGCAUUCUCCGAAAAUGCCCUUAAGGGAAUGGAAGACGUGAUGCUCCUCCAUGUACGUCAGCUCUGCGCCGUCUUAGCUGGCUAUGAUGGAAACUUCGAAUCCCACGACCAGAAAGGAAAUGUGAAAAACAUGGGCGAUUGGUUCAGUUACCUUUCCUACGAUGUGAUGGGCGAGCUCUGUUUCGGAAAGAGUUUCGACAUGCUCAUCUCCGACAGCCUUCGAUACAAGGUUGGUUUGGUAGAUCGUGCCGCGAACCGUCACUACGUGUGCGGACUGUGGAUGCCCCUGGACACCUGGGGUCUGGAUCAAAUCUUCAUUCGCAAACUGACCCGGGACCGGUGGAACUUCAUCAUGAACUCGCGCGUGGAAGCCAACGAGCGCGCUAAAGAACGUACCCAAAUUGGCCGAGAUGCCAAAAAGGACUUCUUCUACUACCUGCUCAAUGCCAAGGAUCCCGAAACUGGCAACGGACUGAGUACCCCCGAGCUCUGGGGCGAGUCCAACGUCCUCAUGAUCGCAGGAAGCGACACCACCUCCACCACCUUAGCCGCCACUCUCUUCUACUUGGUCCGACGGCCAGAGGCACUGGCCAAGCUAACGGCCGAGAUCCGCAGCGCCUUCACUGAAGUCGAAGAGAUUGUGACAAACAGCUCACUUGGUGAACUCGUGUAUCUGAAGGCGUGCAUCGACGAAGCUCUCCGUCUAGCACCGGCUGUGCCAGGCGCGAUCCCUCGCGAAGUCAUGGACGGCGGAGCCGUGGUCGACGGCGUCUUCCUACCUGCGGGUACAGACUGUGGAACACCGACUUACUCCAUUCACCGUCAGGAACGCUACUACCGGGAAGCAGGAACUUAUAUGCCUGAGCGCUGGAUUGAGAAUGCCACCUGCACGGCUGGGGCAUCGUCUUGGCAAACGACCAAAGAGAGCAUUGAAACGGCGCGACACGCGUUCUGUCCGUUUAGUAUUGGACCUCGAGGAUGUAUUGGCAAGAGCAUGGCAUUCAUGGAGAUGCGUCUAACACUGGCGCGUCUGGUGUUCCUAUUCGACAUGUCGUUGGCUGAUCGUGAAGGUGAAGUCGCUGGGCAUUUGGCGCUGACGGAUCACUUUACCAGCGCGAAGAACGGGCCUAACGUUGUAUUCCGGCGAAAGUAG